CGGCUGCGAGCGAUCGGUGGGUGGUGUGGGAGAAACCCCAGCAGCCACUGAGGCGCAGGAGUUUCCCCAGCUCCAAUUCCGACAGCUCUGACUCCAUCUAGCGCGGCGACAGACACGGCGACCGCGAGAAACCUGAGCGAGCGAGCGAGAGAGGCGCGUCCACCUGGCGGGCCCCGCGCAUGGAACUGAGGCAGCCGUAGCGGCGACGGUGGGUGGCAGCGGUAACGGGAGCAGCGGACGUCAGCUCAAGCAGCUGCGGCGGCGACAGCGACGACGAUCAGCCAGUCCUGCCUGGACUGCGGCCCCGCCAGCUCCAGCGCCUAGCGACGUGCGCCUCGGGAGCCGGCCUGGGAGGUUGGACAGCAUUUGGACUUGGAAUGAAACAAUAAGAGGUUACAUUCAUGGAUAACCAACAAGAUAAGGCUAUUGCUGCCUCAGCCAAUGGAGAAAACACUCUGAUUAAUGGCGUCAAGGAAAAUGACUCAGAGGACCAGGAUGUGGCAAUGAAGUCAUUUGCAGAGGUAGAAGCUGCCACACCAAUCCAGCCAAUACCAGCGGUACAAAAAGAGACUUUGAUGUUUCCUAGGAGUCUCCUGCCUCUUUCCUCUAAGAAGCCCUGUAUGCAGAACCCUCCCUCCCCUUUGGGUCUGAUUGAAGCACCUGAGCAUGCUGCUAAUAGUGCUUCUGUGAAUGCCAUCUCCCUCACAUCUGGAGUUGCAAAAGGCCUGAACACAUGGUCACUGCCCAAUGAGUGUGAGAAAGCUCCAUUUGCCAUAAUGGAGCCUGCAGGCAUGUCAGCUCUGAAUGGAGACUGCCUCAUGCAGCCAAGCCGGACUUGCUUGGGCUGCUUCAUGGAAUCUAAGGAGGCAGUAGAUCCUGAGCCAGGGAUCAGUCUGAAAGUCAGCGAUCUGAACAGGGAUUAUGAAACAUGUGCAGUGUCUGAUAUAGGUAUUCAGUGCAUUAAUGCUGGAGAAAACAUAAAAUAUGGAGAGCAGCUUCUUUCAGAUCAGCUCCUAGGCUUCCCCCUGCAUAAAUCAAGAGCAGGAGAUAGACGAGAAGCUGAAAAGCCUGACAUCGACUUGGAAGAUCCAACUCAAAAGAGUUAUUACGAGGCAUUGCUGUUAGAUAAGUGCAAUACAGAAGAAGCUUUGCUAGCAAAUUCCAAUCAGGAUUGGGGUUACUUUGAGACUUUCAUUAGUGAGAGUAAGAUUGAACUGCUUGACCUCUGUUCCAAGAAUGAGCUCUCUGUCAACCUAUUCUCUGAAGAAGAUGUGGAUAACUACAUGUUUGAUGAUGAUGAGUCGACACUGGGCAGUGAUGUCUGCUCCCUGAAAAUUCGAUACGAAUCCUUUCAGGACAAUGUUCGAGACAAGACCACCCUUCUGAUGCAGGAAGAUGCUCAAUUCAACUUUUUCCCCAGUGUCUUCACAACCUGUCCCAAGCGGGAAACUAAGAGUGGGGUCCUGAAGCAGAGUGGUGAUCUUUCCCAAUUCAAGGUCCCUGAUGUGAGCAUCAUCUGGGGAGAGGAAGAAAAAAUCUUGGACAAGAAGAAAGGCAAAGACGAAGGACAUGAAGACAAAGGGGUGGAGAAAAAUGAUGGGAAAGACAAUGGAGAAAAAUCUGCCUUAAAUAAACCCUGCAACGGGACUGAGGUAGGGCAAUUUAAGAAUCCAAAGCUGGACCAUCUUGCGAAUUCCUUGGAGACAUCGGGGAGUUUCAGCGAUGACAGUUCCUUCAUUGAGGUCUCUUAUGAUGCCAUGGGGGAGAUUAAAGACUGUAGCCGCUAUAUGGCUCGGGACACAAAUUCUGGCAGCUCCUCCUCCCAGCAGAACUAUGGACUACGAGCCAAGAGAAAAGUUCGAUACAGUGAAGAUUAUCUAUAUGAUGUGGACUCACUAGAGGGUGAGAAGAUGAAUGAGAGGAAGGAAUGGCUGCCAGGUAGUUCCAAAGAGGAAGAUGAUGAUGAAUGGUGUCCCAAAAAGAGAAGAAAAGUAACCCGUAAGGAGCCCCCUGUUAUUAUCAAAUACAUCAUUAUCAAUCGCUUUAAAGGUGAGAAGAACAUGCUGGUGAAGUUAAGUAAGGUGGAUGCCAGUGAGACCACAGUGAAUCUGAGUGAGAAUCAGCUCAACAAAUAUUCCAAGUUGGCACCUUUGAAGGGAUUCUGGCAGAAGAAGAAAAAGCAGAGAAACAGCAACACCGACUCCACCAAGACAUCCUUAUGCCAAAAGCAAAGCUUUGAACCAGGUAGCUUUGAGGUGUCGUUCCUGCCACCUGCUCGUAAACGAAAAUCAAAACUUGGCAACAGGCACAGGAUUCAAAGGAUCCAAUCCAUGGAAACUUCAGCAAAUAGUAAGCAAGUUUCCUUCUGCAAUGAUCAGAGGCAAGCUUGUAACCGCAAAGAAGAAGGACUGAAAGGUACGGGGAAGUCUGCCCCACCCGCUGCUGCCAGCUGUGCAAAUGACGUCACAAGUCCUGACUCAGUGAAAGUCAAAGGCCAGGACACAGAAUCGAAGGGACCAGAAAGGAAAGUCCUCAAUAAAAUCAAGUUUAAAAGUGAAGCUAGGUUAAAAUCCAAGAAAAUCAAGGUUGCACAAGAAAGCAAGCCAGUUGCUCAAAUGAGCCCUCCAUUGGAAGAGCAAUCCUCCAAGGCUAACUUAAAAAAUGAAGCAAUCCCCGGAACCUCAAACAGUUCCCACCUGUCUGAAUUUCAUGAGGCAAAGGUUGCUAAGAAUUCUACGUUCCUGCCAACCACUUGCUCUUCUGAAAUGCCUCUAUCGUCUGCUAGUGUUGCAACUAACAUACCUGUUAUCCCUGGUGGGUAUCUGCAGACAUUGUUAGAUGCUUCUGACUUGUCAAAUAAUACUGGGAUCUCCUACUUCGCUCACCAUUCUGCAGAGCAAAAUGAAGGCAGCCUCACUCAAACAGAAAAGGCAUUUGUACCUCUCCAGCCAGCCCAGGACUGUGUGCUCUCCUCAUCUUCCGACUCUGAGCUGCAGCCAUCACCUCAUAACUUCAAACUGGAAUCCAGCAACUAUGGCAAUGUGUGGCCCAACAAGGCUACAUCAGACCCCCAGGAAUUCAUGGCUGAAGUCUCAAGGGAGAUAGCUUCAAACCAAUCUAGUGAUUUUGAAACCUCCCAAGUAGUGUCCAUGGAAAAUAACCUCACUGUUACAACAUAUAGUUCUACUUGCCUCAAUAGUGAGGGCAGUAGUUGCAACAAGGUCCUGUAUGCCUCCGUGCAGGACCCCCAGCUCCCAUGUGAUGACUCUUACCAGUUGUGUCACUUUACUAAUGGGGAGAUCGGCUUUCCUUUCCAGCAGGGUCCAGCCAGUGUGGACGAUGCUCGGCUCUUCAGCUUUGAUUCAAUAGCACCACUCUCUGUCAGCUCAAGCAAUUUUUGCUCCUUAAGCUUGAAGUCCUGUGAAAAGGAUGGUGAUGAUGAUAUUGCUGAUGAUUUCCUGGCCCACUGCAGCCCCAAACUGGUGAUCCAGCAGAGCAUUGAUGAGAUAGCACCACUAAAGGAGUCCACCGAUCUCCUGGAUAUCUCCAACUUCACUCCUGACAAAUUCCGCCACUCUUCUCUCUCUGAGAUAUCUCCACCGGACACACCCAGUCUUUCCCCUCAGAUCACCAGAUGUGAGAGUAUCAAGACACUAGGAACGGUGAAGGGGUUCCAAGAAGGUGUCUCGGGACCAUUGGGCAGCAUGGAGAAAGUCAAGUGGGACUGUAGUACCCUUUCACAACAAGUCGAAGCAGAUGAUGGCUUUACUUUAAAUAACCAUCAGUUCCAGUUCCAUAUGUUCAAUGAUGAGGAUUCUGUCAGUUUGCUCCCCAAAACCCCUUGCUUGUCAACAUUUAAUGAGCCAGAUGGUCAAACAAGUACCAGCAACAAAGUGUCAAAGUCCAGAAAGAAAAUGACACCCAGCAAGAGUGGGGCUGUGAACCAAAGCUCAUCUCAGAAAAACACCAGGAAAAAAUCCCCCAAAGCCAGCAACAAAACCACUGAAAAGCCACCUGGAAAAACCUCCCGCCAGGUUCCUAAGUCAACAAAAAAAGGGAAAUAUGGGGCGGCCAUCAAUGGAGAAAAAAUGCAAAUUGGCAUUGGCCGUGGAGGAAGCCAAAGCAACAGUCUAUCUUCCACUGGGAAGACACUGACUGAUAGCAUCCAACAUGGUGGUCCUGUUGCUCCUAUGAAGAUGCCAAAUCAGAAGGGACUUUCUGGAGACUGGGCUUUGAGGAAGGAGAGCAACCCAGGCUGGAACGACAUGAGCAUGAGCAAUCACACCAACAACCUCCUGGAUGAUGACCAACGGGAAUUUCAGGAGCCCUCCUACAUCUUGUCUAACAUUGCAUCUGGUAUGGCAGAUGUGCAAAGAUUCAUGAUGGCCUCCAUAGAGCCCCUUUGGGAACCCCUGGGGCAUCAUGGAGACUCCAACACAUUCUAUUCCUCGGAGUCCAAUAGCCUAAAAUUAAAAACCCUCAAAAUAUUGGCUGGGACACCACAGGAGUCUAAGAAAAAGGUCAACAGUGGGUCCUCAGGAGCCACCAAGAAUCACAGGUCCAUCAAAAGUGUGAGCAAAAGCAAUGGGAAAGCGGCGAUAGGUGAUUCGACUCAUGCAGACCUGCCUGGUUAUAAUGAGGACUCUCAUUCUGCCUUCUUUGAUAAAAAAUACAAUAACAUGAGCACUUUAGGCAAUAACGGACCGACACACAAAAAGUUAUAUCGUCACAAAUCCAGCACCAAGGCUUUGAGAGAUGAGAAAUGUAAGGGAAAGCGCAUGGAGCGAGAACAGCUCCACAAGGAUGAGGCUGGGACCACUUCUUUUGAGAAACUGAGGGAUUCUGACUACAAUCUCCUAAAAGCAGAAACAGCGUUUUUGGGUUUUACCUGUGUUUGAAGAAGAGACUCGCAUUUUCCAGAAAGACAUUUGAUGUUUGUGUUUUAUUUCUUUCAAAAUAUGCCUUGUGGUAUGUAUGUUGACAUAUAAGUGCUUAAAGA